CGUGAGUUCGCGAUUGUGCGGGGUGGGCAUCUGCGGAUGGGGACAACGAGAGCUCACGUCAGAGGGCGACAAGGAGUGAGGGCUUCGUUGUCACGUCCUGCUCUUAAACUUGCGACUGUUUCAGCCGAAAUCGCACCAUCAUAUCGUAUUUUGACCAAUAGACGACUGGCAAGAUUUCAAGCCUUUUCUUUUCCUCAACAUUACGGUCCAUUGACCAUCGCUAUCAGGUACCCGCAUAGAGCUUCGAUCCCCCCCAUCUUCCAACAAGCCCACCGGCAUUUGACAUACCCCACGAUACGUGCCACAAGGUCCAACGACAACAACCCAUCCAUCAACAUAACCACCCCAUCCUUAUAAGGCUAUUCCCAAUCCCUACCUGACCCUCCGAAGCAAAUAAAUGACGCUAGAGCUCCAUGUCUGGGGCCCGGCUUUCGGCCUCCCCUCUAUCGACGCCGAAUGCCUUGCGACCGUUACGUACUUUGCGCAAACCCUAAGUGCCGCCGACUACCUGCUCGUACAGAGCAGCCCCUCUGCCGUUCCAUCCCAUCACCUCCCGGCACUCUACAACCCCUCCACGGCAACAUGGAUCUCCGGCUUCGACCCUAUCGUCAACUAUCUCUCCACCCUUCAACCACCCUCUUACCACCACCCUGACGUCACCACCCUCCCCUCACGCGUAUACGCCGACUCUCAAGCUUACAAGGCCCUCCUGACCUCCUCGGCCGCCCCGCUCCUUGCCCUGUCCCUCUAUGUCUCCUCGGCCAACUACUCUGAAACCACUCGACCCGCCUACAGCGCCAUUCUCCCGUUCCCCUUACCGUGGACGGAGCCGCUCGCCGUGCGGGCCGCCAUGGCCGCGCGCGCGGCGCACCUGGGUAUGAGCAGCCUGGAUACGGACGCGGAGAUGGAGCGGCUGGAGAGGGAGGAGCGGGAGCGCGAGGCUGCGGGUUGGGUGCAGAUCCCGAAGGCGCUGAGGAAGGCGGUCGGCGGGCAGAAUAGCGGUGUCAAGGGCCAGUUGAGUCCCGAGAUGAAGAGGAGGAUCAAGUUGGAGGGGCUGGCGGCGGAGGUGUUUGAUGUGCUUGGGGAAGUUGAUUUCCUGGAAGAAGAGGACGGGGAGGAGGAGGAGGAGGAGGAGGAGGAGGCUAAAGAGGGCGGUGCAAGGAUCAAGGUGACGCUGGAGACCAAGUGUCUUGCGUUUGCUUACCUGGCGCUCAUGCUGCUUCCUGAGGUGCCGAGGCCUUGGUUGAAGGAAGUGUUGCAGAAAAAGUAUGCCGGAUUAUGCAAGUUUGUGCUGGAAUACAGGAGAAAGACGUUCCCUGACAGCGGCAAGGUGCUGCCGUGGGCGGAUAGAGAGAGUGAUCCCGCUGUCAGUGCCUGCGACUCGGCGCUCAGUAUCGUUGGGCGGUUUGUGAGGGCCGUAAUUGACGAUAUCCCAAUGCUUGGACGGGAAUGGAGCAGGUGGUGGGCGUUGAGGCAAAGAAGGGUAGCUGAAGAGAACUCUGCCGAGACACAGCUCGUUGUAAGGAGAAGCGUUGGUGAGAGUGAACGCAGUCUCUUGCUGGCUGGUGCCGGGUUGACUCUGCUGGCUAUCAACGUUGCCGGCCUCGGUAUUUACUGGUACCGAUACCGAGGGUUGCUGGGCGCGCCGUUACAGACGUGGCAUAGGCCACUGGUAGGCUUGGGCAGCUUUGGGGCGGCAGGAGCCAUGUUCGCUGGUCUUGCAUGAAGACGUUGAGGGUAGAGAACCUUGGGGGAGUGUAUGAUAUGUGUCUAUGAUGGAAACUUGGAAUGAUACGAGAACGGAUGAGGAUACCCAAUGGGAAAGCGAUACAGGGUGAAGUUGGUUACAGCAAAGAAGAUCCCAUACGAUGCAUUGUAAAGCUCAUGCGCAACUGAUGCCAUUUAGCAGAUAAACAAUUGUAAUUGAGUGAUCACCCCAAGAGUCACUAGGCCUUCUUCCAACAUGCGAGUUUUUCUCUGGA